GGAUAGACAGAUAAGACAAAGGUAUAGUCAGACACUUUUGCUAGGGUGUAUCCGUUGGAAAUCUUCUCUCUGACAUAACUGGUGAUGAAGCUCUUGUAGCACGGAGUUAUAUAGGUUACAUCUUAUCUCUUACUCCCAAUAUUCUCUCCACUCAUGAUUGGUUUGUAAAUGCCUUCACAUUUUGAGAGAAUAAAUCAGUCUGCUGAUUUGGAUAUUCGUACACAGAAGAAUUAGGAUUACAGGGAAACAUGUUCAACUCGACCAGGCAGAUGGCCUUUGGAGUCAUCGUGGUCAUUCUGGUUGUCUUUACUGGCGUUCUGAGAGCUCAAGGAGUAACCUCUGAGGAUUCCAUGACAUCAUGGCUGAAAACGGUUUCAUCCUCUCCGUCAAAUGUGCUAUUCCUGAUUGCUGACGACCUUCGACCUAAACUUGGGUGCUAUGGAGAAAACAACAUGGUGACCCCUAACAUCGAUCACCUAGCGAGCAAAAGUGUGCUGUUUAAGCGAGCUUACAGUCAGCAAGCACUUUGUGGGCCGAGUCGGACCUCCUUCCUGACUGGGCGACGACCCGACACGACUCGGGUGUUGGACCUACAUGCCUACUGGAGGGACGUUGCCGGCGACUUUACCACACUGCCCCAGUUUUUCAAAAAUCAUGGCUAUGUUACACAGGGUGUUGGCAAAAUAUUUCACCCAGGCACAAGCUCGGGAGGACACAAUGAAUUUCCAGAGAGCUGGUCAAAAAGAGUUCAUUUAGGCGAAGAACAGCCGCCACUCCCUAAUGUCGGGCCACAAAACAAUCCCGCCUGCGACCCAGUCAACGUGACCAGAACAGGUUUUCUUCAAGACAGCGACAUUGCUUCCUUCGCCAUCGAGUGGCUCGGCAACUACUCCGCUAACCACCGCCAUCAACCCUUCUUUCUAGCCGUUGGAUUUCACAAGCCUCAUCUGCCCUUUAGAUACCCUGCUGAAUUUGAAAGUCUCUAUCCCAUGUCAAACAUUCACCUGGCUGAACACAGAACACGGCCAGAGAACCUGACAGAGCUUGCUUGGAGCGAUUUCGAGGAGAUUCGAAACUAUCACGAUGUGUCUUCACUUUCUCUAAUUGGACCUGAUCAUCUCAUUCCAGACGACUUCCAGAAAGUUCUCCGCCAGAGCUACUCAGCUGCUGUCAGCUACACUGAUGAUCUCAUCGGCAGAGUUCUCGGCCUCGAAAAGAACGGUCUGUCCUCAAAUACAAUCGUCUCCUUCCUCGGCGAUCAUGGCUGGCAGCUAGGAGAAAAUGGCGAAUGGUGCAAGCACACCAACUUCGAUAUCGCCCUGAAGAUUCCCUACAUGCUGCACGUACCGGGAGUAACAUCACCUUUGGACACCUCUGGUCAGUCCUUCCGGCACAUCAACGCCCUGGCCGGUGAGCGGUUCAACGGUCAAAUCCCGUAUUCCACGAACGAGCUGGUGGAAGCCGUGGACCUGUUUCCAACGAUCACCGAACUCGCUGGACUUGAAAAGCCUCAGACGUGCCCCGAAAACUCGCAAAACAUCGAGGUUUGCACUGAAGGCACGAGCCUCGUGCCGCUUCUUCGUCACGUGAUCGAGCCGUCGACCAAUGAAAACGUUAAAUGGAAGGAUGCCGUGUAUAGUCAGUACCCAAGGGAAAACAAGAAGGUGAUGGGGUACACGAUGAAAACGGAUAAGUACCGGUACACGGAGUGGGUGGGAUACGACAAGGUCAGCUACACGCCCAACUGGAGUCACGUCCUGGGGUCCGAACUUUACGUCCACGACACGGACCCCUUCGAGUUCCACAACGUAGUGGAGGAGGAGCAGCACAAGACCACCGUGCAGCAGCUGUCACAGAAACUGAGGGACGGCUGGAGACACACGCUGCAGCAGUACCUAAGGUCCCUGCCGGACCCUAUUGUUGGCUAGCUGUGUUAGUGACUUUGUGGCAGAAUUAAAUGACAACUCAAGACGAA